GUUUAUUAAAAUGUUUUUUCACUGAAUUGAAUCAUAAAACAUGACAUGUUAAUCGUGACUGUUGAUUUCUAUUGAUAAACACUUACGUAUGCGAAGAAGUGCGUAGAUUGUGAUUGUUUUUAAGAUGAGCGAAGAAGAUAAUGCCUUGGUGAACCAGUCGGAGAGCAGUUCCUUUGAGGAUCUGGCAACUGCUCAUGAGAUAGAGGAGGCGAAACUGGCCGAGGCCGCGGCAGCGGAGACCGAGAAACCCGUAGAGAGCAAAACUGACGAGUGGCAGGAUGUGCUCGGAUCAGGUGCCCUACUUAAAAAGAUUUUAAAGCCUGGAGAUGAAUCAGAAGGCCUAAGACCACACAGAAGUGAUAUAUGUCGGAUAAGCUAUGAGCUCAAGAUCCGAGGUGGCAGUGGAGACAUUUUUGAGAAGAGGGAUCAUGUUAAAAUUUAUCUGGGAGAUAAUGAGAUCCUACAAGGAUUGGACUUAGCACUCACACUUAUGUACAAAGGGGAAGAAUGCCUUCUUCAAAUAGCACCUCGUUUUGCAUACGGAGAUGUAGGGCUGAAGCCUGGUGAGAACAAAGGUUUGGUUGGGGAGAGCACUCCAGUAAAUUAUGAGGGCCCUGUGAUUGGUCCGGAAACGUGGUUGGAGGCUCGAUUGGAACUGCAUGAUUGGAGUGAAGAACCUGAACAUGAAACAUUGCCCAUUGCUGAGAGAAUGGAAAUUGGAACCCGCCGCCGCGCCCGCGGCAACUGGUGGUACGGGCGGGGCGAGGCGCAGCUGGCCGUGCAGCUGUACCGGCGCGCGCUGGACGUGCUGGACGAGGCGGAGGGCGGCAUCACCGAGCCCACACCCACCGGCGACCUCCCGCCCACCUCCGACGAGCUGCGCACGCUGCUGGAGGAGCGCCUGCGCGUGCACAACAACAUGGCCGCCGCGCAGCUCAAGGCCGGGGUGUACGAGGCGGCGCUGCAGGCAGUGACCCGCGUGCUAUCCUGCCAACCCCAAAACGCGAAAGCCCUAUACCGCAAAUCGCGCAUCCUAUCCGCCAUGGGCCGCAACUCCGAAGCCCUCGAUGCCGCCCGAGCGGCAGCGGUCGCGGCACCUGACGACGCCGGAGCGAGGAAGGAACUCCAGCGCUGUGAACAGAGGGCCACCAGGGACCGCUCGGUGGAGCGCCGGCUGGCUAAGAGGAUGUUAGGCACGCAAGCACCUGUAGGGACGCCGGAUAAGAAACCAUCGAAAGCUAAGAUGCUGAUGUGGGGCCUGCUGAGCUUGCUGGUGGGCGUGGCUAGCGUGCUGGUGUACCGGUACAAGAUGCAGGGACAUUGAUGACCAAGCAUCAGCGGGUUGAGCUGUAAAAUUGAUAUUCCAAUGAGGCGGUUGGAUGGGGAAGGUCGGCUACGUACAGUUCAUAUCAUUAUAGUUGUUCGUCACGCUUACGACAGCGAGCUUUAUAUCGAGCAGUUAAAUAUUACGCUACUUAAAUCCUCUAAAAUGCAAUUUUACAUUGCCUAUUUUGUAUUUUUUACAUGAUAAUUUUUAUUACAAUUUUGUUAAAAAGCUUCAGAUUUGAAUCUGAGUAUGCACUAAUGCAUCGAUUACACGUAACGAGUACAGUGGCGAGAUAGACCUCUAUUAACUAUCUGUAGAUGUACGUAACUCUGAUCAUUUCGACAAUUUCGUACUUAGAGCUUAAGGGUCUCCCGUCUCCCUAGUUAUAUAGACGCGCAUUCGACAAAAUCCGAUAGGAAAAAGCUUUAUGUCCGGGCAAUAAGAGCGAAAAAGCCGUCGACGCGUCGGCAGGCGCUGGCCGAUGCGAGCCGAGCCGAACGACGACUAUUUCGCUCUUAUUGCGCGGAGAUAAAGCUUCUUCUUACCGGAUUUUGAAGAUUCCGCGUCGACAUAUGUGGGAGAACCCUAAUUCGUCUACGAUUUCAAUUAUUUAUUUGUCUGUGUCUAUAUAUCAAUACAUUACAUAUCUAUACAUUGUGUGAUCACAAUGAAACUGUAGACGAGUCUAAGCCGAUUUAACUACAAAACUUUCAAUAUCCAUUCGGCUGCUGAAACUUGCUCUUCACUCAACCGAUUGGUGACUCGUCACUGUACUCGUUAUAUGUAACAAGGAUAUUUAGGGUAGACACUUGUACUUUAUGUAAAAAUGGGUGGAAAGGUUAGGUUAAUUAGAGUUAACAUACACUCUGUGAUGCGGUCGCCAGACUGCGCUAGCUUACUUUGAACCAGAGACCAAUAAAUAAAAAAGUGUGAUUCUCAUACAAAGUUAUGUUCCUCAGAAACAAGGAUAAAGCCCCAUAUAUUUUGUUUAGCGCUAUUACAUACUUAAAAAACAUCAGAUAAGUUACUUUUUGAGGAAUGUAAGUUUGUAUUAUUUACUGGUCUCUGCUUUUAAUUGUCUUUCGAUUGUGCAUUUAAUGUCGAAAUUUCAAAUAUUUCAAUAUGUAUAUAUUUUGUAUAAACCUGUAUUCGUCUCAUAGUUGUUUUUGUUUGUGUAGUGCCAAAAUUGGAGAUGUAGAAAGUAAAAUAAGAGUAAAUAUCUAUCAAAACCGUGUAAUGAACAUUUAAAAAUAUUUUUCGAUAUCUAUUUUACUAGUAUAAGGACAGAUUUAUAAAUCGCAUUCCACAAUAACCAUUGAAACGGCUGACUGUCAAGAGUUGGUAAAUAAAAGUUCAACUGUAUAUUUUAUUAAUAAUUUACUUUCAAAUCAUUGGUGCUUUAAUUUCUGCAUUUUUGUUCAAUUAAAAUUAAAUAUUAUAGAUGCUUAAAUUGGUUAAAAUUGAAUUAAAGAAUAUGGAGGGAUCGUUAUUUUUAUAUCGGUAAAAUCAUGGGUAUACACUCAAAGUAGGCAAUUAAAGAUAUUAAUACUUCAAUCGUAUUAAUACAUAGUAGAACUUAAAUAAUUGGUCUAAACACGCAAUAUAAAUGUGAUUUCACUGUGAACAUAACGAUCAUUUAAUUAAAGUGGAAUUCUCGAAUUGUGGACACUGAAAUGAUAACUGAAAAGGCACCUUAAUAUUUAUAAUUAUAUCUAGUAUCAAUAAGCCUUCAUAUUCAAAUGUGUCCAACUUCGAGAAUAAGUACUCCCCACUUGUUUUAUAGAAUGUACACUUCUCAUGCCUAAAAAAAAUUAAAUACGUACUCAAGAGGCUGGAAAAGUAUGAAAACCUUCAGAAGACUGGACAACUUUCAGCGUACGUAAAACAAAAAUGCAUGUAACUUGAAGGAAUAUUAUUCUCUAUCGGCAUUUCUUUCAAUUAAGCUUUCAAAUAGUUCAAGGCAUUGAAUGUGUAAGAAUUUCAGUUCUAUAGAACAAAUGGAACGUACCUCGCCCUUUCACAUCACAUCUUCUAUAGAUACUCUGAUAUCUUGUCAGAAUAUUAUUAUAGCAACAUGUGACGUAGUAUAUUAGAUUUAUUUUAACUUAGGACAAUGGUUUGGUGUAAGGGUCUGUAACGCCCCACGUUUAAAAAAUAAAUAAAAACAUUGUUCAAUUAAACACUAAUAAACGUUGUUGAAGACA